GGCUGAAUGGCAGAGGGUGGCCCGCCCCGGGCGUGACGUUGUCUUGGUGUUGUUGCUGGGGCUGCACGCACGUGGUCGACAGAGUCCGCCUCAGACUGCUGUGCUCCACGUCCUCAGUACCAGCCGCUUGCCUUCCUGUUCGUCUAAUUCGCUAUGUCCACGGCCACGAGCUGCCCGAUUCCCGGGGGCAGAGACCGGCUGCCCGACUGCUACAGCACCACGCCGGGGGGCACGCUAUACGCCACUACCCCGGGAGGCACCAGGAUCAUCUACGACCGAAAGUUCCUGCUGGAGUGCAAGAACUCACCCAUUACCCGGACACCCCCCUGCUGCCUCCCUCAGAUUCCCGGGGUCACAACUCCAACAGCCCCACCCUCCAAGCUGGAGGAGCUGAAGGAGCAGAAGCAGACAGAGGAACAGAUACCCGAUGACGCACAAUUUGAAAUGGACAUCUAAUCCAGUGCAGAUGACCUGUGUGGAGUUAGAGGAAUCCCUCAUGUCGCUGCUGCCACCACCUCUUCCUGGGGUAUCCAAAGGCCAGCUGGCCUCAUCUAAUCUGGAAGGGAGUGACUUGGUUCUGGGCCUCCCUUCAUUCUGAGGCAGCUAGAGCAAGGAUAGGAGUGGGCACCUUGCCAAGCCCUUAGCUCUACUUUCUGUUUGGUCUGUAGGCACUCCUCUCAACCCCCAGCCCACCUCGCUCGGGCUGAGGCAGGGAUGGAGUAUGUCACUGUCUGACUGCUUAGUAAACAUUCAAAGAAA